CUUUCCGAACCUCGGCUUGAGGUCCCGUCAUACUCGAGCUUUUUGCGAUGGUCACACUUUCUUCUCCCUCAUAAAAGCACUUUGUCAGGUCGAUUGUUGUGUUAUGGUCCAUAUUAAACAUUAAAACUGAAUCUUCAGGAAAGUUCGUUGGAUUUUCAUCCGUUUUGCGGAGUUUAUCUUGUUCUUGAUCGGACAGUAAUUUCGGGAAAAAAACUCAAAAUUGAUUGAAGAUAAAAGUUGCGUAUUGAAAUUCGGAAGGAUUUGGCAUUUUUAGUAGCAGAGAGAUUUGUUCUACCGGACUACUGAGAUUAUCGUGGAGAAGAAUCUCGACUCACCGUUAUAAUUAGGUGUUCUGAACCAAUCAUGUCGCAGAAUUGGGAAGCUGAUAAGAUGCUGGAUGUUUACAUCCACGACUAUUUGUUAAAACGGAAGAUGCACACAUCCGCAAAAGCUUUCAUGACAGAAGGGAAGGUUGCUACAGAUCCUGUAGCUAUUGAUGCUCCUGGUGGAUUUCUUUUUGGAAUGGUGGUCUGUCUUCUGGGAUAUAUUUAUUGCAAGGACAAAUGAGAAACAUUCUGAGGCUGCUGCAUCAUAUAUAGAGACACAACAAAUGAAAGCAAAAGAGCAUCAACAGCAGCUGCAAAUGCAACAGCUGCAUCUGAUGCAACAAAGAAAUGUUCACUUACAAAGAAGGGAUCCUAAUCAUCCUCCACUUGGUGGCUCUGUAAAUGCUAUGAAUAUGAAUGGUGAUGGGAUGAUGGGAAAGCCAUCAGCCAGUAGUAGUACACUUGGUGUGAAGUUGCAAGAGGAACCCAUGAAGCAUUCUCAUUCUAUGGUUUCAGAAACAUCUCCAGCUCUUCUUGAUUCCAACAGGAUGACCCUUAUGAAAUCAGCCACAAAUCAUCAAGGCCUGUUGAUACCAGGCAAUUCUCCGAAUGUAUCUUCAACUUUGCAGCAAAUUCAAGGGAGACCUCAGUUGAAUACAGAGAUCAAACAAGAAGUUAACUUGGGUAAUACACAGAAAUCCUUGCCUACAGAUCCUUCAUCAAUUUAUGGACAGGCAAUUUUGCAGUCAAAGUCUGGACUGGGUGGUGUGGGAUUGAAUCAAGGUGUUACAGGUCUUCCAUUAAAGGGCUGGCCUCUAACUGGAAUUGACAGUUUAUGCCCCAAUAUGGGUUUGCAAGUACAAAAACCCAAUAUGCAAAACCAAAAUCAGUUUUAUUUGGCAUCACAGCAGCAACAGGCCUUAGGAGCUUCACCAAAUUAUGGGGCUAUUGGAUUACCUAGAGGCAGUCAAAGUAUGAAAGAUGGUCAACCCACAAGAAAUGAUGGAUCUGUAGGCUCUCCGGGUCAAAUGAAUUCACCCAAGAUGAAGAUGCCUCAGAUGCAACAAUCUACUUCCCAACAGCAGGACCAGUUACAGCAACAGAGUAACAGAAAAAGAAAACAACAGCAUUCUUCUUCAGCUGGGCCAGCCAACAGUAGUGGCACAGGGAAUACACCAAGCUCCCCAGCAUCAACUCACACACCAGGGCCUGGAACUGCUGAUGGAAUGACAACAACAGCUACCAAAACCAUCAUCAUGUAUCCUUCUUCUGAUCAGGGAACAGCUGCCAUUGCCUCCUCAACAAAUCAGCUCGAUGACAUUGAGCAUUUUGGGGAUGUUUCCCUGGAUGAUAACGUGGAAUCCUUUCUGCAACAUGAAGGAGGAGGAGGAGAUGGAAGACAGGUUUAUGGUGCAAUGACGCAACACAAGACAGAGUCUUCUUCCUCUAAGGGUUUUUGGUUUGGGGAAGUUGGCUGUAUCCGGACAAGAAAGAAGGUCUUGUGCUGUCAUUUUUCUUCAGAUGGGAAGUUGCUAGCUAGUGCUGGCCAUGACAAAAAGGCACUUCUAUGGAACAUGGAUACCCUACACCUACAAACAGAGACCACCCCUGAAGAACAUCAGUUCUUAAUUACUGAUAUUCGUUUCAGACCAAAUUCCACCCAGUUUGGAACCACUUCCCUCGAUCAAUCUGUACGAAUAUGGGAUGCAGCUAAUCCAAGCUAUUGUCUACAUGCACACAUGGGACAUACCUCACAUGUUAUGUCACUAGAUUUUCAUCCGAAGAAGACGGAUCUCUUUUGCUUCUGUGAUAGCAACAACGAAAUUCAAUACUGGAAUAUGAACCCAUUCCAAUGCACUCGUGUUUCCAAGCAGGGAGGUAGUGCACAAGUGCGAUUCCAACCCGGAAGUGGACAAUUACUGGCAUCUGCAGCAGCUAAAGUUGUGUCCAUUUUUGAUGUUGAAACCGAUAGACAAACGCAUUCCUUGCAGGCACAUAUGGGAAUUGUAAACUACUUGUGCUGGGACAUGAAUGGAGAGUAUUUGGCUUCUGUAAGUGAUGACGUUGUGAGAGUGUGGUCUGUGGCCUCUGGGGAAUGUAUUCAUGAGCUCACUUCCAAUGAAAACCAAUUCUAUUCCUGUGUCUUCCAUCCAAGUUAUUCUGCUCUUUUGGUUGUCGGUGGAAUGCGGUCUUUGGAGCUAUGGAACAUGGCUGAAAACAAGAGCAUGACGGUUCCAGCUCACGACAACAUAAUUGCUGCUUUGGCACAGUCCCCUGUUACAGGGAUGGUUGCUUCUGCAAGCCAUGACAGUUCUGUUAAGUUAUGGAAAUAACCCAAUAUUCCUGCAUCAAUCU